GAAGAAGUAUAGAGUGAGAGAGAGAGAGAGGCAGCUGCUGUAACCGCUUCGACACCGAUUUAAGACUUACUUUAUUCAAAAAGGAUACAAGUGGUGGUGGUGAACAAAAGAAAGAACAACAGAUAAGAUAUUUAAACACUCAAAUUAACCUUUAAGUUGUGUUUUUAUAAUCAGCUGCAUCGAGUGGAAAAAGACAAGAGGCCCCUGCGGAAACAUGAAAUGGAUGUUCAAAGAGGAUCACUCCUUGGAACAUCGAUGCAUAGAGUCAGCCAAAAUCCGCAACAAGUACCCUGACAGGGUCCCGGUGAUCGUAGAGAAAGUGUCCGGAUCGCAGAUAGUGGACAUCGAUAAGAGGAAGUACCUGGUCCCCUCCGACAUCACAGUGGCUCAGUUCAUGUGGAUCAUCAGGAAACGCAUCCAGCUGCCCUCAGAGAAGGCCAUCUUCCUGUUUGUGGACAAGACGGUGCCUCAGUCCAGCAUCACGAUGGGGCAGCUGUACGAGAAAGAGAAGGACGAGGACGGCUUUUUAUACGUGGCUUACAGCGGUGAGAACACCUUUGGUUUCCAAUAAAGCCGACGAUGGUGACCGGCCUUACCUUGCGGCGCUGGCUCGGCCACACCGACACCCACCUACCCAAACAUCUAAUCACAGCCCUGACUCGGGCCCCCCCCCCCCUUCCUGGGUAAACCUGCGGGAAUCCCCAGAGAGAGAGAGAGAGAGAGAGAGAGAUUCAGCGAACAUGAACGCCACAGAAAGAUUGACUUGACCGCUCACCUCGACUGGAUAGAAGUAAACGAGUGCACCGGUGUGUUUGUUCUGGCCCGUGUUGCACCAGUUCUUUAUAGGGUCAUAGAUUAAGUUGUGUAUAGUGUGUUCAAUCUCAAUUCUUAUCAUUAUUAUUAUUAUUAUUAUUAUUUGUUUUUGAUGUUGUGAUUUGAGUGUUUUUAGCUUUUCUUUUCUUUUUUCCACCUUUGAAACGAUAUGCGUGUGAAUGAGGUUUUUUUUUGCUUUUUAGUUAUGCUUUCUUCUUUAAAGACAAUAUUUAAAAGAAUUUUAAUUUAAUUAUUUGAAGGUAAGGUAGCUGGAUGACCUAACCAAUAAAAAUAUUAAAGUUAAA